GAAGCCUCAGCCCGUUCAGGAUCUGCAAGCAGCGGUUUCCACGAUGGUUUGUGCAGUGCUCAGCAGAGUUGCCCGUGCACACAUCUGUCUGGUGAUGAGGGCCAGUCAUGUCUGCAGAGGCCACCAGCAUCGGGCGUGGGGAUCGAGGUCGGCUACAUCAGAUUUUGCUGCUCCUGGAGCUCCAGGCAGUGUUCUAGAGCUGCUGGGCAAAUCCUAUCCUCAGGACCACCACAGCAACCUCAGCCAGAAGGUCCUGUCCAAAGUUGGCAGGAAUCUGUACAACCAGCAGCACCACCCUCUGUGGCUGAUCAAAGAGAGGGUGAAGCAGCACUUCUACAAGCAGUAUGUGGGCCGCUUUGGGACCCCGCUGUUCUCGGUCUAUGACGACCUUUCUCCUGUGGUCACGACCUGGCAGAACUUUGAUAGCCUGCUCAUCCCAGCUGACCACCCCAGCAGGAAGAAGGGGGACAACUACUACCUGAACCAGACCCACAUGCUGAGAGCACACACGUCGGCGCACCAGUGGGACUUGCUGCACGCGGGGCUGGACGCCUUCCUGGUGGUGGGGGACGUCUACCGGCGUGACCAGAUCGACUCCCAGCACUACCCUGUGUUCCACCAGCUGGAGGGUGUCCGGCUCUUCUCCAGGCAUGAGUUAUUUGCUGGCAUAAAAGAUGGAGAAAGCUUGCAGGUCUUUGAACACGGUUCUCGCUCUGCACAUAAACAAGAGACUCACAGCAUGGAGGCCAUGAAGCUCAUAGAAUUUGACCUUAAGCAAACACUCACCAGACUUGUGGCACAUCUUUUUGGAGAUGGGCUGGAGAUUCGAUGGGUGGACUGCUACUUUCCUUUCACUCAUCCUUCCUUCGAGAUGGAGAUCCACUUCCAAGGAGAAUGGCUGGAAGUUCUUGGCUGUGGAGUCAUGGAACAGCAGCUGGUCAAUUCAGCUGGAGCCCAAGAUCGCAUCGGCUGGGCUUUUGGCCUUGGGUUAGAAAGGCUGGCCAUGAUCCUCUACGACAUCCCUGACAUCCGCCUCUUCUGGAGUGAGGACGAGCGCUUCCUGAAACAGUUCCGACUGUCAGACAUCAAUCAGAAGGUGAAGUUUCAGGACACACAGGACCAGCCACUGUUACCGCAUCACCUACCGCCACAUGGAGCGGACGCUCUCCCAGAGGGAGGUCGGACACAUCCACCAGGACAUCCAGGCCGCAGUGGUGCAGCAGCUGGGAGUGGAGGGCCGCUUUUGACGUCACCAUGCAGCCCCGGGGCUGCAGAAAGAAGAAAAGAUGCUCUUCGUGAGCUGCAGCGUCAGGCGUCUUCUGCUCAAUGGGGACUUGAGAAGAUAAGGGUCACUCCCGAGGGAGUGUCUACAUGCAUUCGCCUUUGAUUUGGGGACAGGGAAGAGAACAGGACAAGUGCUCCCUUUCUUCCCUUCUAGACACGCUUUACCCUUAGCUCUUAGCGUGGUUAAUUGGUCCCUGGGAUCCAUUAAGCACCAGCAUGAUUUUGUGCCUGACAGGUUCUUCCCCUCGGGUAAGGACACAGCUCAUGGUGGCCAAGGUGCUCGCUGUUUCAUGAUUCCCGGGUGCUGUGUUUACAGAGAUGCAGGGUUCAUGGCAGCCCUGGCAGAGCAGGUCUACCAGCACCCUUUCCUCAGCAGCUCAGAUGAUCAUUAGCAUCUUUUGGCAAUAAAGUGUUUUUUAACUGC